AUGCCUCCUAAGAGGAAGUCCGACAAGAAGGAGGAUCCGCUCUUUGUGGAGGAGGAGGGCAGCUAUGUGCACGAAAAGGAGUUGGCGCGAUACGUCGGCGGGGUGCGGCGGGCGACGGGGGGAAACUUCCGUUGCCGCCAUGGCCGUGGUGUGUUUAAAAGCCCCGUGAUUCGCUACGAGGGCGACUGGAACGAAGAUGAGAUGCACGGUAGCGGCGAACUGCGGUUUCUCGCCACGGGUGACGUGUACCGCGGCCAGUUUGCGCACGGAAUGUUUGAGGGGACGGGCACGUACAUCUGGGCGUCAGGGUCUUCCUACGAGGGUGCGUGGCGUGCCAACCGCAUGCACGGACUUGGCACGUACACUGAUGUAAAUGGCAAAGUGUGGAACGGCAAGUUCUACAACGGCACCGGGCCCGGGCUCACCCCAUUCGCCGGUGGCGCAUGUAUAAUGGAUAGGAUCGCCCCAGCCGCAGCAGAAGUAGAGGAGGAGGUGGAGGAAGCACAACCGGCGGGGACGCCGGAGGCGGGGGAAUUGGGUGCGUGUGGCACAUGA